ACGACCAAGUUUGUAAUGGAAUGGUUUUGUAUUUUUAACGCUAGAUGACGUCACAGUAUUUAUCGUAUAGUGGCGCCAUCGGUAGGAAGAGUUUGUAGUAAAAUUAGUUUCCAUUCUUGACGCUAGAUGGCGACAACAAUGUAAGUGACACCAUCUAGCGUUAGAAGUAUAAACUAUUCCUCAACAAACUUGAGCGUUUUCUCACCGAUGGCGCCACUGAUACUCGAUCACUCGCCAUCUAGCGGCUACAGUGUAAAUUAUUUUCACUACAAACUUGGGUGUUUCCCCACCGAUGGUGCCACUCGCACAAAAACCAAUUUUAAUAUAGGCUAAUGAAACAUAAAAAAUUAUGAACAUAUUGGUCUUGAAAUAAAUUCCAAAUUCCAUAUAUAUGCAUAUUCUGUUAAUCAGUUUGACGUUCUAAUAAUAGAAAUAAUUUUGAAAUGCAAAUAAGAUUUAGUUUUUUUUAUUGGUCACGACUCUUCUAGAAGUACAAACUGCUACGACUGGUUACGACACGAUCCUUACUCUUAUCUACGAAUUUACUAUCCAUGUCAAUUGAACUGAAAUUAGUGCUUUAAUCCACUAACUAGUGUUUAUAUCGAGUGUUUAAAUAAUGGCUUUGUUGACGAAAAAAGAGAACAGACAAUCUUACGUACUAAUGCCGGUACUCCUCAGUGCCUGUGCAAUUCCAAUUUCUAUGCUUUUAUGGAUCAUAAACGUGAUAUAUUCGACUUUUCAUCCGGAUACUGCGGACCACUUCGAAGAGCAUCUGGUGGUGUCACCAUGGAGGUGGUUAGCUGCGGUCGUGAUUCCUAUUUUUAUAGCGUUUUGGGGGUGGAGGAAGAAAAGUGUUAACAUCAGCGGUGCUCUUCUUGGCAUGUUCAUGGGUUUUAUUCUGACACUAACAAGUUACGCUCAUCUGGCUUGUCUCUUCUCAUUCUUUGUUACCUCUUCCAAGGCAACAAAAUUUCGUUCCGACAGAAAGAAAAAGCUUGAAUCCGAUUUUAAGGAAGGUGGACAAAGGACCUGGAUUCAAGUGUUGUGCAAUGGGGGUAUGGCGACGCAAUUGGCGCUUCUGUAUUUACUGGAUGUAGGCUGCGGAGAACGACCUAUCGAUUUUGAUAAGAAUUAUAGAGGUUCCUGGUUGUCUGUUGGAAUUUUAGGAGCAUUCGCGUGUUGUAACGGUGACACGUGGGCUUCCGAAAUUGGAACGGUUGUCGGUAGUGGAGAUCCUUUUCUAAUUACUACGAGAAAAAGAGUACCGAGGGGAACAAAUGGUGGUGUCUCUUGGGUGGGUCUAUUAGUUUCCGCGCUCGGUGGUUUGACAGUCGGAUUGUUUUAUUACUUAACCAUACUAUACACUGUAGACACGGCUGUGAUUCAACUAGCUGCACCGCAGUGGCCUAUUAUUGUUGUUGGAGGAAUUGGAGGUUUCUUUGGUAGUGUCUUAGAUUCUAUUCUAGGAGCUACUUUACAGUAUUCCGGAAUCAAUGAUAACGGAGUUGUAGUAGAACAUCCUGGGAAAGGGAUAAAACAUAUUUGCGGUAGACAAAUUUUGGACAAUCACAGUGUCAAUCUUUUAUCGAGCGUCGUGGUCGCUCUGACUUUACCGAGGAUAGCAAACUUAAUUUGGCCUUAAGAAAAUAUGUUUAAUUAAAUACUUAAUUAAUUGAAUACAAUCUUUAAUUAAUUGAAUAUUUAAUUAAAUCUGUGUAUUUAUUUACAUAUUUAAUUAAAUGUAUAUUUAUAAACAUAUGUACUUUUACUCCUGCGAAUUUUAUUAAUAUGACUCCGAGUGCUUGUAAUAGUUUAUUGAUAGUUAAAGUAAGAAAUUAUUAUUUAAAUUAUUUUUCAUUAUUUUUACAAUAUGUAUUUUGUUAACAUUGUAAGGGAUGGAGGUAUAUAGGUAUGUAGCAUGUAACAAGAGACAUUUAUUUUUAUCUUAACCGUCCAUUUCGUACAUGCCUUUUAAUUUCGAGGUUCAAAUAUAUUCUAUGUUAAAAAUAGGAAACAACAGUUUGUGUGAAAAGAACACAAUCGGUGACCUUACGAUUAUGGAUUAUAUUCCUAGUUUGAUCUGUAAAUCAUUAUGCAUUAAAACUUCUUAUAAAUUUCGUUGUAUGUUUAGCGAUAUUCAUGUGUACAGUAAACAUAAGCACGACGAAUGUUUUCUACAAAAUCACUAUUUUUGUCACCGAAUAAAAGCUGUAUUCUUCCAGACAAGACUUACUGUAAUCCUAUUCUCCUUGAAGAUGUAGUACCAUCAGCGAUGUAGCGAUAAAUAAAUUCUGAUGUUUAAAAACCUGUGUAGUGAAACAAAAUUUAUUUCGUACAUCUUACAUAAAAAGCUUGUGUUAUCAGAAAAAUAGCAACUUGGAACAUUUAUUUCGAUAACUCAGAAAUUACAAUAGAUCAUACAGGUCAUACAAGAACGAUUGUUUUCCGCGUACAUCGAUUCCUUUACGUUGCGACAUCCAUUUUUGAAACACUGUAUAUCGUACCAUGACCAUGCGUGCAUAAACUAAGAAUCGUUGUAUUCCUUAACUUAUUUGUUAGUACGAAAGCUCUUUUAUGUAAGUACCAAUCCGCAGUCAAUUAGUUAUUAAAUUAUUUUCUUGGGGGUUGGUGUGCGUUUGGCGAAAGAUUAUUUAAAUUAAAUAUUACAGAAAAAAUAUCGAAAAUUCUUACGAGCUCAAUUAAAUAUAUCUUACAAAAACAUCUUUAACAGCGAUUAAAUAAAUAUUUGUACAAUAAACCUUUUUAAGAAUCAACAAAUUAUACUUUGGUUUGGUAAAGUCUAUAUCUAUCAAUUUUGACAACGAUCGUUAAUAUAUAAUUUAACAAUGAAAUAUACAUACACGGAUAAACGGGGUAAUAUUUUUCAUCAUUUGUUUUUGGUUUGUUCUAACGCUACUUCAAAAAUAUUCGAGACUCCCAAGAAUACGUUUCUCUAAAUGAAAAUUAUAUUAAAUAGUUUCAUUGUAUCAAUUCCUUAGCCUGUUAAAAUGUUCAAUUAUAUACAAUUUAUUUUAAUAUAUUUGCGCUUAAGUUAUCAACACUCAUUCAUCCUCAGAUUAGGUCCUCUUUACACCCAUUCACCUACAAGCAGACCCAACUUUUGAUCCUCGCGAUGUCAUCCAAC